UGUGGAGUUGUUUUGAUGCGUAGGUUGCAGCAGGGAAGUAUAACUGGCCUAUACUUCCAUGGUUGCAGUAACCUGUGGGCCAGUAGUUACUAACUUAUUGAGAGAUCGGUGGAGUAACCAGAGUGAGGCGACUGGUAACGAUCCUACAAACCAUUGAAAUGGAUCCUGUAUCUGAAUUAGUUGUGACAAAAGUGCUAAGUGCACAACCGAAUGCUGUAGUCGGGAGUAUUCAAAUGAAUGAUCUUGUGUUGUCACUGAUAAAGGAUAUCUUGCCACUCCUUGAUAUAAGCUUUCAAAGCAACACUACCCUCCUGAAUCAUGUUAAAGCUUUAACUUCAAUGGUGAAAAAGGCCUCUGAGCAAGAAUCAUGUAAUGAUUUGAACCUAGCCUCAAUCAUAGAACAAGUAUGUUUUCCAGUUCUUCGAAUGUUUGAUGAAAACAAAGAGGAUAGAAAACUUAUGCAUGCUGUUUGUGAGCUCCUCGUAACUACUUUCAUUAGCCCUCAAAAAACAGUGGGUCCUAACAAUCAGCUGAUGGAAAAACUGUCCAGUGAGUUAAUUGCUAUUUGUAAGUCUUCACUGAAGAGUGGUAGAAGUGAAUUGGGUUGUAAGCAUUCAAUGAGUGAGCCAAAACUUGUGAAGUUCUCUGAAUCCUGUGCCAUAGAAGUUCUCAGUUACAUACUAGGUGCUCAGUCACAUAUUUUGGAUACUGAUUCUAGUCACUUUGCUUUGUUAUCUGAAACAGAGCUAGAUGAGGCUUUCAGCAUAUUAAUGGAUAUGGUGAGAGAUACCAAUAUAAAUACCACUGCCAAGAUUGUGGGAUCUCUUAUUAUGAAAAUAUUGAGUCUUGAUCCUAAUAGGACCUUCCACAAAGUAAACCAGUUAUAUGACCUAGCACUUGCUUUCAACUCUGAAGGAUCAAAUGAUGAUUCUGGCAGCAACUAUGGGAAGGCAUAUCUGAUAUUAUGUGCAUUGGCUGACUUUAUAUUACCCAAUCAUACCACUACAGUAACUUCAGAUGUAAGAAAGAACUGUAAAUUUUGGGCUUGCAUACAAACAGGGCUGAUUAGCAAUGAUACUUUAACUCGAAAGAGAUCCAUGUAUCUGUUGAAGAGGGCUCUGGAUGUUACAAAACAUUGUAGAAAAGGUAUUGAGACAUAUCAUGAAGUCAGGGGUGCAGUGUUCUUUUGGAGUCCUGAGACUGAGAAAGAAACUGAUGUUAUGUGGAAUGAUUUGAUUUUGCUGCUGGAAACACUAGAUGAGAAGCAGGUGCAUGUGCUGAAUCCUCUGAUGCCAAGAAUAAAUAAUCUCAUUAAAGCUACAUGGUCUAGGAAAGAAGGCCCAUCACUCCUUCACACUUCAUGGCUUUGGAUUUUGUUUACUAAAAUUCAAAAGCAUGAUAGCACAUAUGUGAAGAAAUGGGGCAUGAGUGUCCUGUUGGAGUUGGACCUGAAGCAGUGCCCCCUACUGGAGCAGAAUGAAGUACAAUCUAUACUGGGACCUCUGGUUGUAAUGUUGAAAGAACCUGGACUGUACAUGAGGGUACAGGAUUCUCCUGUCGGUAGUCCACCCUUCAUAGCAGACAGAUUGGUGAAAUUUCUUCAAUCCUGUUUUGAUGCUCUUCAAGAAAACAGAAGAGCCAAUUUUUUCCAUAGUUUGCUGCACAUUAUGGUGAGUCAGUACUGGUCCUCUCCGCCAUUGCUGUGUAUUGCACAAGCCCUGUCUAGUCUGCCUGCCUCACCCAUGUGGAGCAGAAAAACCUUGGAAUUAUUGAGAGAAACCAUGACCACCUUGCUACGGACUUCAGAGCCAUACAUUAGAGAGGCUACUAUUUGUUUGCUGGUGAUGUCUGUAUUGAAGCAUUCUAACCUGGAAGAUGUACCUCCAGAAGAUGUAGCAUCAGUUUUGGCAGUCUUGACAAGAGACGGCUGUUUUAGACGCGGAACAUUUUUAUAUGUCCGCUGUGUAACCUGGCUGAGAGAGACUUGUGGAAAAAAAGAAGCCAGUUUAUGGAAUCCAAAAAGUGUAGCAAAGUAUUUGGCCAGUUCUAUGAGGGAGAUCCUGCUUUUAAAAGCUCAAAAAGAUGAUCACAAAGUUCAGAAAUUGGUCAGAGUUCUCCUGUUGUCGGUGGAUGCUGGUGUUGUAAAUCUGAAAUCACAAGAUGAAAUCAUCACCAUGGAAACUUUGCUCCACCCAGUAGUUAAAACCCUGCAAUCUGUCAACUCAAGAGCAUACAUGUCCACUAGCGAGGCACAGCAGGCUUUGAAGAUAAUGACUAUAUUGUUGACAGAGACAGAAUCAGAAUCUACAGAUGAACUCCACUUUUAUAUCCACCAGUUAGUUGAGAUUUGUUUGCCAGAUACUGUACUGUUUGUAAAACGGACUAUUGAGAGCACCCUGUGCAAUCCUGCUCAGUUGGAACAUUUGGAUGUGUUGCUGAAAUCUCUUUACUGGUUCUUAGGCGGUGGUUGUAGACACAAACAGCAGCCUGAGCACAUUAUUAUCCAGGAUCUUCUCCAAUGGGGAAUGAACAUGAUGAAGGGCAGUGUAGAAAAGGAAAGAAUGACAUGCUUGGUACAUCAGAUAGUUGCUAUGGAGACUGUUUCCAUUUUGGGAGAGGUGUUGUUGACAUGCAACUUGAGUCAUGAUGAAAUCCUAAGACAGAUGAUUAGCUUGUUCCUGGAAACCAUGAAAAAUAUAGUGAAAACAAUAUUGGAAAGACCAAGUGAUACAGAUGAUUCGGAGAUUUCCACCUCAGACAGGGGGUCCUUUAUCAGCAAGUUUCUUGUUGCUGAAAUAAAAUGUGUGAAGAUGUCCUUGCAAUUUAGAUUGGGAACCUGUGGAUACACAUACAGAGAACUCCUGGAGAAAUGUUUUCAAGCUGUCAGUGUUUUGUCAAGAGAAUUCCUUAUCCCUGCAAUACAGUGUGCACACCUCAUCAUUCCCAUGGUCAUUGAAGAAGACGAGGUCCUAGUAGCUAGCACUCUUUCUUUAUUAUGGACCAAAACUGAGGAGGAGACAAAGACUGCCUUGUACUGGGAAAUAUUACAAGAAUUUUCAAACCUGGCUUUCCAGCCUGCAUUGUUGAGAUGCCAAAUGAAAUCUGCUAUAAUGGAGGCAUUGAAAAAGCUCAUUGAUAGCAUGUUUACCAAGGGUGACACAAAGAAUGGCAUUGUAAAUCCAAUAAUUACAAAUUUAAGCAGGUUUCUUUCCACUGAUAACAACAUAAAGUAUGCUGUGCAGCAUCUGGAUGUACUGAUAUCUGCCUGCUUAUUUGGCCCCAUAUAUAAGAAAAACCAGAAAAUAUAUGGUGACAUUUGCUCCUAUGUGGAAUCUCUUGGAGAAGAAGUUGCAGUAAAUCAACUUAUUGAUAGGAGUUGUAAGGAAGAUAACAUGGUGCGGGUCCACAUAAUAAACCUGCUGAGCCACUUGGAUCCAGCUAAUCCAGACCAUCACCAGUUUAGUGUUGCCUUCAUCCAGGCUUUACAGGAAAAGCAUAUGGAACUUGUAAAAAUUGAAGCCAAAAGAAGUUUCCCCAACUCUUUACAACAUCGAGAGCGCUAUAGACUUAUGGGGGCAUUGUUAGUGCUUGAACCAAUGCUGAACAGGGAAGAAGCUACUGACACGUUCCAGACACUAUCAACUGAAUGCCUGGGAUCAGAGACCCAGCCGUCAGUGAGAUAUCUGACAGAGUGGAUGAUUAUCAAACUGUCAUUUAGAUUCCCGCAUCUGAGGCAGGGACUUUGGAAGCAACUUAGCAAGGCAACUGAGAAAAGACCCGCCAUUGUUUGCUCCUUGAUUAGUGUUCUUGCCCAUCUUGGGUUUAUCUUGCCACAGGAUCAGCAGGUGGCAUAUUUUGCUGAAGCUAUCCCUAACUUUGUUCCGUGGUGCAUGGCUCACCACUUCAAUAUCCGUAUCCAUGCUCAUGCAGCAGUCAACAAGACAUGGAGAACCUGUAAGGAACAGCAAUUUGUUGAAAUGCUUGAAAAAUACUCAUGGCUGGAGAAAUGUGUGGAGUUUAGCUUGAAAAGCAGUGGAGCAAGUAAAAAUACACACAAACUGCUGGAAGAUUUUUGGUUUCUUCACAAGUUUCAUCCUAUACAGGACUACAGUUUGGAGACAAUCUACCACACUAUACCAAUGUUAAGUGGCAUCAUAGCAGAAGAAUGGAUAUUGCCCAAGGAUUUCUUAAACAAAAGUUUGAGUUGGGUUGGGGAAGGUGUCCUACCAGUACAUAACUUGCGAGGUGACUUGAAAAACUGUCAACCAGGCACGUGGAGAAUUAAAAGAAGAGAAGGAGAAGAAUCUGAGGAGAUCAGUGAAGGGGAUGUACAAAAGAAAGUGAUUCCAUGGAAGGAAAUGUUACCCAGUGAGGAGAUGGAGGAAGAUAUAGGGAGGACACUGCACAGCCCUGGACAGCUUAUCUUGGUCACCUCACUCAUAGACAGGCCACCCAAUCUAGGAGGUUUAUGCAGAACUAGUGAAAUUUUCAGAGUGUCUGAAUAUGUUAUUGGUAACAUCAAGUAUGUCGAAGACAAAAAUUUCCAGAGUUUGUGUGUCUCUGCUGAGAAAUGGAUACCUAUAAAAGAGGUUCCACCUCAUAAAUUACAAACAUACUUGACGGAGAUGCAGAGUGAGGGAUACACAUUGGUUGGUGUUGAGCAAACGGCAAACAGUGUCAGUCUGACAGAAUAUGAAUUUCCUACAAAAACACUCCUACUCCUUGGCAAUGAAAGAAGAGGCAUUCCAGUAGAUCUCAUACAGAUGUUAGAUGUAUGUGUGGAGAUUCCACAGCAGGGAGUUAUCAGAAGUCUCAAUGUCCAUGUCAGUGGGGCAUUGCUGAUAUGGGAGUACAGACGCCAACAGCUUAUGAAGACUGUAACUUAAAAAGAAAAAAAAUGAAGACUAUUACAUGAAAAUAAAAAGGAUACACAGAUUAAAGUUCAUUCUUAUUAAUAAAUAUUAAACAUAUUGUGCUCUUGUGAUAUGAAUACCUUGAUCCUGACAGGGUUUCCUGAAAGAAUAAGUCCAUUUUGUUAACAUAAUCAUCUACUAUUGUCUACUAUGAUUGUUAUGUAGAUAUUACAUGUAUGUUGUUUGAAACUGUGGAGUAAGUGUGAAAGAAAUUACAAUAUUAAAUCUGGCAGGCAUUGAAGUAAAAUUUUCAUGAAAUCUCAAAAAAAAAAAAAAUCUAGAUAUUAUAUAUUAUCUUUCCAGCCUGUCAUUUGUUACUGCAUGGGUUACAUAUUAUAUACGUAUAUAAUAUUACCUAUUAAAAUUGAAAAUUAAGGAGUUUGAACUGUUAAGUCAGACAUUACUGCACGAGAAUGCUUUUUGCUGUGCAGUAAAAUGUUUUAAUACAUUUGCUCAUGUAUUUCUGUUUUAUCAAAGGAGGUAAUUA